GCGAAUUCCUGGCAAAGGCGCGGGAGGGAGGCCAGUGCGGAGUCGGGUUCCAGGGGGAUGUGUUGUUGUUGAAUUGAUGUUGCAACUUCCCAAAAACACGAAAUGCCGCUGCAAUUGCAAGGAGGACAGAUGCAGAACAAUGUAGAGCCAAUGGUAAUUGAUAUGGCCGUAGAGGAAAAUGACAACACGGAAGAAGAGCCUGUUAUUGUGGAGAGCACGUCCUUGGACCUUGAGACAUAUGCCAAUAGCUACACGGGUUUAGCGAAACUGCAACGUCUCAUCUUUAUAGCUGACCGAUGUCCUCAACUUCGCGUAGAAGCCCUGCGUAUGGCCAUACAUUAUGUACAGACUACAUACAAUGUCAACCUAUACACACAACUUCACCGGAAGUUGCAGGAGGCAGUUAGUGGAGCAAAUGCAGGGAAUGCUAGUCUACCAGAUAUAGCUGGGGGUCAGGUAGGAGGGGGUUCUGUGGCAAACCUGCCUGCCCUUGACAUGCAGUGGGUCGAAUCUCGUGCCAAAAAAGCUGCACUGAAGCUUGAGAAGUUGGACACAGAUUUAAAGAAUUCUAAGGUUAAUAGUAUCAAGGAAUCCAUUCGGCGAGGUCAUGAUGACCUUGGUGACCACUACCUUGACUGUGGUGACCUCUCCAAUGCCCUCAAGUGUUACUCACGCGCACGGGAUUACUGCACUUCCUUCAGACACAUUAUCAAUAUGUGUCUUAAUGUGAUUAAGGUUUCAAUUUACCUAAACAACUGGUCACAUGUGUUGAGCUACGUUAGCAAAGCCCAAGCAACCCCCGAGGCCUCUGAGUCUAGGCCAAGCAGUAACAAAGACCAGUCGGCUGUGAUCCAGACAAAACUCACCUGUGCUGCUGGUUUGGCGCAGCUCGCUACAAGAAAAUACAAGGCAGCAGCCAAAAGUUUCUUGGGGGCACAGCUGGAUGCUUGUGACUUCCCUGAUCUUCUAUCCACAUCAAACGUAGCCAUGUAUGGUGGCCUCUGCGCUCUGGCCACCUUUUCUCGUCAGGAACUACAGAAACUUGUUAUUUCUAGCAGUUCUUUUAAACUGUUCCUGGAAGUUGAGCCUCAAUUACGGGAUAUCAUAUUUAAGUUCUAUGAGUCAAAGUAUGCCUCCUGCCUCAAGCUCUUAGACGAAUUGAAGGAUGUACUCAUGCUUGACAUGUACUUGGCCCCACAUCUCAACACACUCUACACACGAAUCAGAAAUCGUGCACUUAUACAGUACUUCAGCCCAUACAUGAGUGCAGACCUGGAAAAAAUGGCUGCAGCCUUUAACACAACCAUCUCAGCUUUAGAAGAUGAACUUAUGGCCCUAAUUCUAGAAGGACAAAUUCAGGCGCGGAUAGAUUCCCACAACAAGAUCCUGUACGCCAAGCAAGAUAGAAGCAGCACCUUCGAGAGGUCCCUGGAGAUGGGUCGAGAGCAUGUCAUGCGGGUCAAGGGACUCAUCCUUCGCUCAGCGCUCAUCAAAAACCAAAUCCAUGUGAAGAGUCCGCCCCGGGAGGGAGGGGGCGGUGGCGGGCAAGGGGGCGGAGAUGUGACCAUGGCAGCCACCAACAGUUCGGCGGCCGCUCCCAGGAACUAGAUACUAUUAUUAUCAUUAUUAUGCGAGCGGUACCCAGGCUGUGUUGAUACUAGACCUGUGCUUAAUUGUUUUGUUGUUCGGUCUGACCAGCGUGCGCUCUCGCCUGCGGAACAAGCCACCCGAACAAUAACCAUUGCUCAUCUGAGAUUUUUCCACUCUUUAGCGUCAAGCCAUUUACACCAGUCUGCUCUUGUCUCCUGUGGCAGAGGAUCCGUAAUAUUGUUUUGGAGAGUUCUAAACUUGUGAAAACUAUGCAAGGGUUCUGUGACACUCUUGCCUUCAUCCCCAUUAUGAUUUCAAAAACAUCGCAGUGUGGAAUUAACAAGGCUCUGUUACUUGGGGAUUCUCUUGCGAUGACCACAACGGAUGAACCUCAGGAGCUCGGUGAACUCUGUACCAAUACUAUUUACUUGGUGUUGUUUAUGAAGCUAUAUUGUAUAGUAAGAUACAGGAUGAACAGAAGGAAAGAAAAUGAAGUGCUCAUGGAGAUAUCAGUGCAUAUUUAUAACUUCACAACCAAAGCCACAAUCAAGGGUUGAUUUAUAGCAGGUUUCACAUGCAUGACCUUGUAGUUAUGUCAGUAUUAUUUCUUUGAUUUCCUUUAAAAAAUUCUUAUUGUUAUGUAAGUUGUUUGAGUUAGUUCCUAAGCAUACAGAAUAUUUAUAUUCUUAUAAUUGAAAAGGGAUUAUUAUUUUGAUUUUUUUAUUUUUUUUUUUUCAUAUAAUUAUAUUUUGUUUUCCAUUUUCUUCUUCCUUUGCCUUGCAACAGGAAAUCACAAUGUGGUCAUGCUUGUUAGAAGUGCUGCCAAGUCAAUAUGUACCUUUAUUGGUUUUUCUUGUUUUCUCCUAUAGCUUGUGUUCAUAGCUCCCAUUACCUGUUGUGUAUUUAUUGUGUUUGAGAACAACUUUGUUUUGGUAUUUGCAUGUCCUCAUUCACAGACAAAAACCACUAGUCUAUAUAUUGAAUGAGAGGCGGUCAAAAGAUUUUGUACAUUUUAAUGACCGUGAUUCAGCAGGAGAUACAAGGCUGUUGUUACAGUGUUGUAACAUGACUUUUUUUCUGUAAAUGCAGAAAUUAGUUAUUUUUACGCUUGAAAGAAGUACAGUGUUCCUAAGAAAUGCACUGCCUAGUGGUUACAGAAGAACAGUGGCCAGUUGUUGUAGGCAGUGUUCUUGCCUGUAAUGCUUGGAUUUUUUAAGUCACACUAUGAGCACUGAAGAUCAUGCAUAGUGUAAUACUCCAAUAUUUGUUGAAUUCACUGUCGUGCACCCUAGCCAGGUUGCCUCAGUCUCUUCAGAGUCUCUGGAUGUCUGGUCUCAAAACUUCAGAUGAGAAACUUUAAGCCAAAUAAUCCUUGCUCUUGUGUCAGCACUGCUUGAGGCUUGCUACCAGUGUAUUUGUCAAGGGAAGAGCAGCGUAUUCUCACCUUUACGAAUGCAAAUUGUCAUCGGAAUCCAGUCACAUUUUGAGAGAUUAUGUGGGGAGAAAUGGAUACUUUUCCCACCCUAGUGUGUUUCAUGCAAGCCUUCACUUUGAGCUGCAUUGUUGAUGAGUGGCUAGGAGGGGAAAAGGUGAUUUUCUAUUGAAGAUAGUAAAACUAAUAACACUGAAAA